UAAAUGCCUGUCGACGAACUGCUCUGUCGACAAAAUAUCCUGUCGACGAAAAUUAUUCGACGAAGAUUUGUCGACCAAGUGCGUGUCGACGAAAGAGCUUUCGACCAACAACAUACUUACCGAUUCGACUUGUUUAUUGUUUAAGUGUCGAGAAAGAAACUGCAAGUGAAUAUCAACAUAUUAUGGGAGUAAUAAACAAUAUUACCAAACAAUCUAAUGAAAAAGAAAUGAAUCCUAUUUCAUUAGCUGAUGAUGAAACAUCGGAAGAUAAUGAUUUGAUUUUUCCAUAUUCAAUAAUUCAUUUAAUCAAAGACAUUAGAAAUUAUUCAUCAAAAUUACAGUGGAUUAAAUGCUUUAUAACAUCAUAUUAUUUGCAACUUCUCAUAACUUUUAUCAGCUCUGUGGUCUGUCUUGCAGUUAGUAGUGCUCAAAGAGAAUUCGAAUAUAGGUUUUAUAUAACACGAAUUGUUCUUAUUGUUCAUGGCAUAUUUGGUCUUGUCACAGUUUUACUUCAUCUCUGCACAAUUGUUUUUCGUUCACCGUUAUUUCUCAUGACACCAUGGUCAUGUAAUCAACGUCAAUUCAUUCGUUAUUUUACCAUUUCAAGUCAUUUAUUCACGAUUAUUUGCAUCAUUUGGUUCUUUCUUGGUCAUAUUUGGUUUAUUCAAGAACUUAUAUUCGUUUUCACAAUGACUUAUUAUUACCGUCGCGAGGGAACACGAUUCACAAUUAUUAUAGUUAUUAUCAACUAUGUUAUCGGUAUUUGGUUACUGUAUUGUUGUAUACGAAACCGAAAGAAGAUUUCAAAUAAAUCAACAAAAAAUGACAAUGAAAUAAAUCAAUCUCAAGAUUUAAUGAUCGUCUGA